AUGCAUUCCGUACGCCCCUCCCCUCCUUCACCCUUAAGCGCGCGCACUCACGGUAUUGCUGACCUCCUGGUGGCCCCCUGUGAGUCCAUUGUGACCCCCCACCCCCCUCCACCCAAUUCCCGCUGUAGUUGUGUACUGACAUCCGACUCUGACGGCGACAACGACAUUGAUGAUAAUGAUGAUGAUGACAAUGCAAUCACUGACUGCGCUUUGCUAUUUAUUCUGAUGUAUUCUCAUGUUUUCUGUCUCGAUGGUGAUUGA